CGGUUUUCCCCUUUAUCAUUCUUCACCUACAGGAAACAACCCUCGACCCUGCCAAAGGGCAUGUGGUUCCACAACCCAGCUUCCCAUGCCUUCAUGUUUUCUAUUCUCCUGUCUUUGUUAACCAAAUGGAAAUCAUAAGAACAGGACAAUAUUGUUUGCUGCUCAACGAUCUCAGUUCUUUCCCAGGCUUGAAACCCAUCAUCAUUUUUGAUUUGUCCUAACACCUCCACAUUCAACAGAAAUGGAGAACAAACCAACAAUCCUGAUGAAAAAAUACGAGCUUGGACGCAUGCUUGGCCAAGGAAACUUCGCCAAGGUUUACUAUGCAAGGAACAUGAAGACGGGCCAGAGCGCGGCCAUCAAAGUCCUCAACAAAGAGAUGAUUGUUAGGGUCGGUUUGAACGAGCAGAUCAAGCGCGAAAUCUCCGUGAUGCGCCUCGUGAAACACCCUAACAUUGUGCAGCUCUAUGAGGUGAUGGCGAGCAAAACAAAGAUAUAUUUCGCAAUGGAAUACGUGAAAGGUGGUGAGCUUUUUGAUAAAGUGUCCCGAGGGAAGCUGAGGGAAGAUGUGGCCAGAAAAUAUUUCCAGCAGCUGAUAAACGCUGUUGAUCAUUGCCACAACAGAGGGGUGUAUCACCGUGACCUCAAACCGGAGAAUCUUCUCCUAGAUGAAAAUGGGGACCUCAAAGUUACAGACUUUGGUUUGAGUGCAUUGUUGGAAUCAAAGAAAAGUGAUGGUUUACUUCACACAACAUGUGGAACUCCAUCUUAUGUAGCACCUGAGGUGAUAAAAAAGAAAGGAUAUGAUGGAGCCAGAGCAGAUAUUUGGUCAUGUGGAGUGAUUCUCUAUGUUCUCUUAGCAGGUUUUCUUCCUUUCAAUGAUAAAAAUCUAAUGGAAAUGUACAGAAAAAUUACCACAGCAGAUUUCAAGUUCCCUCCAUGGUUCCGCUCAGACGCGAAAAGGCUUCUCUACAGAAUCCUUGAUCCCAAUCCAAGGACUAGAAUUAACAUUGCCAAGAUCAUGCAGAGCACUUGGUUUACAAAAGGGUAUAAGGAAAUUGAAACACCACAAUUGCCCCCUUUAUCCCCUACAGGCCAUGAUGUACCUGAUGUUCAGGCUAUAUUUGAUUCAUCAAGUUCAGAUAGUGAAGAUAGCCCAACUGCUGUGAAGCCUUAUUGUUUCAAUGCCUUUGAUCUCAUAUCACUCUCUUCAGGAUUUGACCUUUCUAGUCUGUUUGAGAAAGAUAACAGUGAGAGACAACAGGCAAUGUUCACUACUAGAAAACCACCUUCCACUGUAGUAUCAAAACUUGAAGAGAUAGCAAUGAUAGAUGGUAGAUUUGAGGUCAUGAAGAAAAGUUGGGCUGUUAGAUUGGAGAGGAGCAAGGCAGGGAACAGAGAUCAACUCACAAUAGAUACAGAGAUUUUUGAAGUUACUUCUUCAUUUUAUAUUGUUGAGGUGAAGAAAAUUGCUGGAGACACAUUGGAGUAUCGCAAGUUCUGGGACCAGUGCUUGAAGCCUUGUCUAAAUGAAAUAGCUUGGGUUUGGCAAGGAUAUGAGCAACAGCAAUAGUUAUAGGCUCCUUUUUUCUUGGAUAGAAGGUGCUCUACACUCUUCAGGGCAUUAAUUCUUCUAUCUAAUUGUCUUAUACAUACUGCAAAGUUGCUUUCAGUGCACUCACUGUCUUUCAUAUAAAAUGUCCUCACCAAUUAAGAUAAAGGAUUGUGUAUAUAUAUUAUAUAGAAAGAUGGUUUCUAUUUCUUC